AAACUGCCGUAAAAUUCAACGGCAAAGAUCAUGGCGUGACCUCCUGCCGUAAAAUGGAAUGCGCGCGCCCGACCGUCUGCCGUAAAGUGAAUUUGAGCGUGUGGAAGCAACGGAAUGGAAACGUGAAAAGUGUGUUGAUCCUGUCUACUCGCAGCAUGUUUGUCCUGGUGGAGAUAGUCGAUACUGUGCGGAUCCCACCCUGGCUUUUCGAAAGGAGGCUAAAUGAUGCCAUAGCUGAAGAGCUGAACAAAAAGCUGGCAAAUAAGGUUGUAUAUAAUGUCGGCCUCUGCAUUUGCCUGUAUGACAUUACCAAGCUGGAAGAUUCCUACAUUUUCCCAGGGGAUGGAGCAUCUCACACCAAAGUACAUUUCCGUUACGUGGUCUUUCGACCUUUUCUGGAUGAGAUUAUUACUGGCAAAAUUAAAGGCUGCAGUCAGGAUGGUGUUCAUGUGACCCUGGGCUAUUUUGAUGACAUCCUCAUCCCUCCAGAAUCCCUGCAGCAACCUGCCAAGUUUGAUGAGACGGAGCAGGUGUGGGUGUGGGAGUACGAGACGGAUGAGGGCACACAUGACCUUUACAUGGACGUCGGUGAGGAGGUCAGACUCCGGGUGGUGGACGAAACCUUUGUGGACACCUCCCCCACUGGGCCCAGCUCCACGGAAAGCUCCACCGCAGAGGAGACACAGAGGAAGGAGUCUCCCUACACGCUGACGGGCUCCAUCAGUGAGCCAGGACUGGGGCUGCUGACCUGGUGGACGAAUGGUUAAUGAGCAGGACUGGAAGGACUCAAUUGGGAUGCAGUGGCAAGACGGUGGGGCCUGGUUGGAGCUGCAGCAGACUCUGGCCUUGCUUAGCUCAGUGAUUCCUGAAGGAUCCAAUCUCCCGAGAACAGAUGCUGGAUGUUUAACCAGAGCAGGAAGCGAGCAAGAUCUAGCAGCAACUGGGAAUGUUUUCCUGACCAAUAAAUAAACGUGUACAAGCGGGAACAUUUAUUGGAAAGGCUUCCAGUAAGGAAGUAUAGAUUCGGUUGGUAGAGGCCAUGUUGAGUGAUGUGUGUCUUCACAACAGGCGAUUUAAGUAAAGAUGUUUGUGGAAUGGA